ACGUGACGUACGGCGGAACUGCAGCCACGUCGUCAGCCGGGACAAACAGGAAGCGUUUUUUAUUGACUACACUGAAACUGCCUUGAACACCCAAACAACUACACGAUGGCCCAGUUUCAGGACGUAUCAAAGCAGUCCGGUCUGCACCCGAAACCUCCAGGGUUGGUUUUGCAGUACGGUACUGCUGGUUUUAGGACCAAUGCGAAGCUGCUGGACCACAUCAUGUUCAGGAUGGGACUGUUGGCCACCUUACGCUCCAAGAAGACCAAAGCCACCAUCGGAGUCAUGGUCACCGCAUCACACAACCCUGAGGAGGACAACGGGGUGAAGCUGGUUGACCCCAUGGGGGAGAUGGUGACACCGACAUGGGAGGGCUACGCCACCCAGUUGGCCAACGCUGAGCAGGAAGACUUGCUCGCUGCUCUGAAGGACAUUAUAGAGGAGGAGGCCAUAAACAUGAGUCAGGAGGCUGACGUGUUUGUUGGCAAAGACACCAGAAGCAGCAGUGCGAGCCUUUCAAAGGCAGUACUGGAUGGGGUAUCUGCACUCGGUGGUCGCAACAAAGACUAUGGUUUGGUGACCACCCCGCAGCUCCACUACAUGGUAUGCUGUCAGAACACUCAGGGUAAAUAUGGAGAAGCCACAGUGGAAGGAUACUAUAAGAAACUCUGCCAAGCUUUCAUUCAGCUCACAAAGAAUGCGUCCAAUUGUACGGACGACCAGAAGCACCUCUCUGUGGACGGCGCUAAUGGUAUCGGCGCCCUAAAGGUGCGUGAGAUGGAGAGUUACCUGAAGAAGGAGCUCCACAUAUCGCUGUUCAACGACGGCAGUGCAGGAAAGCUCAACCACCAGUGUGGGGCUGACUUUGUCAAAGUGCAGCAAAACCCUCCAACAGGCAUGAAGAUUAACUCUGGGGAGCGUUGCUGUUCCUUCGACGGCGACGCUGAUCGAAUAGUUUACUACUACACGGACUCUGAAGGACAGUUUCACCUGCUGGACGGAGAUAAAGUCGCUACUCUCAUCAGCACUUUUCUUAAAGAGCUGCUCACCCAGGCUGGGAUAGACUUGGAGAUAGCAGUGGUGCAAACUGCGUAUGCUAAUGGAAGCUCAACAAACUAUUUGGAAGACACGAUGAAGGUGAUCGUGAGGUGUGCUAAAACUGGAGUGAAGCACCUUCAUCACGCAGCCCAGGAGUUCGACAUCGGUGUGUACUUCGAGGCCAACGGUCACGGAACUGUGUUGUUCAGUAAGGCUGCGGAAGAGAAGAUCCGGCAGCUGGCCGAGGACUCCAUCGCCGACGACGAGAGGAAGAGAGCAGCUCUCCUGCUGCAGGACACCAUCAACGUCAUCAACCAGACUGUCGGUGAUGCCAUUUCUGACAUGCUGCUGAUCGAAGCCAUACUCGCCAUCCGGGGAAUGACAAUCCAGCAGUGGGACGCCAUCUACAAGGACCUGCCAAACAGGCAGCUCAAAGUCAAGGUGUCAGACCGCAGGGCGAUAGACACCACUGACGCGGAGAGACGGGCAGUGAGCCCAACGGGACUUCAGGAGGCCAUCGACACUUUAGUGAAGAAGUACAGUCAGGCUCGCUCCUUUGUGAGGCCCUCCGGCACCGAGGACGUGGUGCGAGUUUACGCCGAGGCCGACACACAGGAGAGCGCUGACGCCCUUGCACAUGAAGUCAGCCUCGCGGUUUAUCGUCUCGCCGGCGGAGUGGGGGGGGAACCCAAACCAUUGCACUAGAAACACUAACGCACACUAAACACAAUCAUGCAACACUGACUAAUCAAUCUGUGCAUUUUUCUUAAUGCAAUCCCAGUAAACAACAUUGUUUUCUUAAGUUGUAAUAAAAAUUGCUUCUUUUU